AUGGCAGACAGGAAACCUGAGUCACUGCAUUCCUCCAUAGGGCUCUUGGGCAUUUCCGCAGGAGCACUCUUACUGGCGGUGCAUUUCUACAGCCUGCCCCGAGCAGCCCCUCUGAUCCCCAGCACAGCUCUGGGCAUCCUUCUGUUGGUUUUGUCAUCUCUUUUGGCAUACGCAGGAAUUUGGAGAAGCCUGAGGAAUGCCUCCCUGCUCCUAUCCCUCUGCCUGACCAUCUCAGUGUUCUGGUGUGGCUAUGGAGUGGUGUUCAUCCUGGAAGGGCAAGGAGUUUUGAAGGACACUGGCAGUUUCCGCAAUGCCGUGGUGCCUGGCCUGGUCACCUUUACUUUGGCUCUCCUCAUUAUUGCAGCAGUGGGCUUCCUGUGCGGAGAGGUCAUCCUAGCUAUGAUUGCUUCUGCUGUCUCACUUGCCAGUGCUCAUGAAGUUGCCAUGCAUUACAGCCCAGCUUUUGGUUCCUCUGCUGUGGCUUGCAAUUAUAUGGUUGUCUGCUUGGUUGGUGGCUACUUUGCUCUGGGCAGGAUGCUCUAUUUCCUAACCAAACAGAAAGCUGCCCUCCCCGGCACACAUCUGGCCAAGAAAAAGAGCCAUGAACAGAUCCAACCCAACAGUGGCAGCGUGAAUCCCUUUGCAGUCACGGGUCUCAUCCUGAACAUGCUGCCUGCCAGUGUCUUUGGCUGCAGGCUCCUGGGUGUCACCAGCAAACUCUUUAUUGGUCAAGUGCCCUGGCUGUGGGCAGCUGGGAUCUACCAGAUCGGCAUCUGCAUCUUAUCAUACCGAGCCAUGGAUGUGCUUAUGGCUACAUUCUUUGGUUUCACUUCCAUCCUGAAACUGGCUGGAGGCUAUUGCCUUCUGUACCCAACCUGGCAGCCAGAGGAGCCAUCUUUCCCUACUCCAUUCCUGGUGGUUUUUGCGAUUCUUUUUGCUGUCCUGGCUCUGUUCCUCACUCUGAAGAGCCCAGUGGAUGGCCUCUAUUUGCUGGUUUAUGUGGCCUACUGCAUUGCAUUAGCUUGCUGCCCCAAGGGGUUUUUUGAAGGUGGACCCCAAGGCAUGGAUGUGGCCAUCUUUGUGGCCUCAGCCUUGAUGACUCUCAUUCACCUGUACAAUGCAAAAGCAGGUGCCAAGAUCCCAACAGGGAACAGGGCUGUGAAGGCUCUGCUUGCUCGCAGCUCUUUCCUGAAGCUUCGUGAAGGGCCAGACCUUCAUGCUCCCUACCUAGGGUAUUCCAAGUAUGCAGAUGCAGAAGUACUUGGCUAUGCAUGCAGUGUCCUUGCUUCUUUUGCUAUCACAAUGACAGGGGACCCACAGGCUCCGCUUGCUACUGUUGUAAUUCCAUGGGUAGUGGUAGCUGGUGGGAUCCUGAAGCUCCUAGGUGGCUCAGUGGCCUUUGCCCGGGGUAAAACCCUGGAGAGCAGUGCCUUCAUCCUCUAUGCUGUCAUGUGGAUCGUCUGGGGUUUGACACGAUAUGCAGGCCUCUAUGGCACUACCAGAAGCUUCCACACAGCAGUAGGCAUCAUUGCUUUCAUGCUCUUCAAUGGCUUCAUUGUCUUCUGCACACUCUUCUUAAACAUCGCCUGGUUCUUUUACUCCCUCACCUUCUUCCUCAUCACCAUCAGCUUCUUGCUGGAUGCCAUCCAUGCUCUUCCAGCUGGCUAUGACAUUGCUGCCACUCUCAUCUUUGGUCUGGUCAGCUUUUACUGCUUCCUGUCUGCCCUUUGCAACAGCAUCUUUAAGGGUUCCUGCUUACCAAUGGGUAGACCCAUUGUGCAGCUUAAUGGUGUGGGGGGAGGAAUGACCAAGUGCCUUCACCUGCCUGCCAGGAAAGCAUCCUCAGUCAAGAGAAUUGCAGAUAUCCUGAAGAAUGGAGGGACUUGCGGCAUCCCCACAGAUACUGUCUAUGUGCUUGUGGCAGCCUGUAACCGCCCUGAUGCUGUGGAGAAAGCUCACCAGUCCAAGCGCCAGGCUCAGGAUCGCCCCAUGUCACUCUGGAUUUCUAGCCUAAAGCAACUGGAACCUGCAAAGCAUUUGUUCAGUCCCCUCCUCUGGGACUUCAUGGAGGCUGCCUGGCCAUCUCCUAUUAGCUUGGUGGUUCCAAGAGGUGAAUGGGUGGACUUCCUGGGGAUGAAGGACUCUGAAUACGUGGGUAACCCUCAGAGUGUCGCCAUCCAUCCUGGAUGCUCUGUCACCACACACCUCAUCGACCUGGUUGGUCCCAUCGUGGUCACAUCAGCUAACCCAACAGGAGAGGCAGACACAACCCAUCACAACCAAGUGUAUGCCAAGCUGGGAGAUAAGGUGGAUGCAGUUCUUUGGUGAUGGGCUUCUCCAGAGACAAUUGCUUCCACAGUUGUGACUGCCACCAAAUCGCAAUGGAAACAUGGGUUCUUCAGAGUCGGCAUCAUCCCCAAGUCUCAG